AUGAGUUUAGAAGCCGGUAUUCCCCUCACCAAAAUUCGCACAGCUUCGUCCACCGGCGGCCGCAAGAAGGGUGACACCAUUGCCCAGUACGCCUCGAACGCCCCGUUGAACGAGUCGAACGAAGAGGAGAAGAAUGGCUUCUUUGCGCGGGGACCAGCCGGACGGAGGAAGACGGCUCCGAAGAGGAGGGGCACCGAUGGCGAGGAAAUAAAAGUCAAUUCGCUCGGCCGCUUAUACAACAAGAUAGUCAACUUCUCCGUCGUCACACGCUACUUCGUCUACGUCUUCCCCGUUGCGGCGUGCAUUGCCGUCCCCAUCAUCAUUUUUGCCAUUCGAGAUCCCAACGCUCUGUUCUGGGGGACCGGCGUCAAGGUAUGGCUCUUCUGGACCUGGAUCGAGGUCGUCUGGCUCUCGCUCUGGGUCUCGAAGCUGGCAGCCAAGUUGGUCCCAUACGUUUUCAUGUUCCUCUGCGGCGUCGUGAGCUCCGGCACCCGCAAGUACGCCCUGAUGUUGAAGGCGGUCGAGAUGCCGAUGAGUUUGGUGGGGUGGGCACUCACGAGCCUCGUUACGUUCACGGCGCUCACAGCCCCGCAUCUCAAUUUCGGUAACAGCUUUCGCUGGAUUACGGUGAUGAAGAAUCUGCUGGGGCCGGCCCUCAUUGGAUCCGUCAUCUUCCUGAUUGAGAAACUGCUCAUUCAGCUCAUCAGUAUCAACUAUCAUCGGAGAUCGUUCCACGGGAGGAUCAAGGACUCCAAACAUUCCAUUUACUUGCUGGGGCUGCUCUACGAGGCCUCGAGAAGCUUGUUCCCUAUGUAUUGCCGCGAGUUCCUGGAGGAGGACUAUAUGAUCAAUGACAGCAUCGAGGCCCAUGUUGCCAAGAGGAUCCACAGGAGAUCGGGAUCUGCAACUCCGUUGAAGCUGAUCGGCAACGUGGGGAGGAUAGGGGGUAGGGUCACAUCUGUCUUUGGAAAUAUUGCAUCCGAGAUCACCGGCAAGCAGAUACUAAAUCCUCACUCGUCACAUUCCGUGGUUUUGCAGGCUCUAGAGAAGACCACAUCGUCUGAAGCCUUGGCAAGAAGAAUAUGGAUGUCAUUCGUGGUUGAGGGAAAGGAGGCUCUAUAUCCCGAGGAUAUCCAAGAAGUCCUCGGUCCGGAUCGGAAAGAAGAGGCUGAUGAAGCCUUCGCAGCUCUCGACAGUGAUGGGAAUGGCGAUGUUAGUUUGGAUGAAAUGAUCAUGAAGGUUGUUGAGGUAGGGAGAGAUCGGAAAGCCAUCAAUUCAAGCAUGCGAGACGUUGGACAAGCUAUCGGUGUUCUAGAUCAUGUUGUUUCAGUGAUCCUCUUGAUCCUUAUCUUCUUCAUGUUUGUCGCCUUCCAGGACACCAACUUCGUCACAACCCUCGCAACAGCCGGUACAACCCUUCUCUCCAUGUCCUUUGUCUUCGCGGUCACAACUCAAGAAUUCCUCGGCUCCUGCAUAUUCCUCUUCGUCAAGCACCCCUAUGAUGUCGGUGACCGCGUCGAUAUCGUGGGGCCUACAGCAGAAUGUUUGGUGGUCGAGCAGAUCUCCUUGCUCUUUACCGUCUUCAAACGUAUCGACAACAUGAAGCUAGUGCAGGUCCCGAACAUCGUACUCAACACCCUCUGGAUUGAAAACAUCACUCGCUCCAAGGCUAUGAAGGAGCAGCUCGAUAUGUUCAUCUCCUUUGAUACUUCCCUCGAAGAUAUCGAAACCCUACGCAAGGAGAUGGAAGCCUUUGUUCGAAGUCCAGAGAACUCCCGCGAUUUCCACCCCGAGCUCAUCAUCGAGGCCACCGGAAUUGGCAACAUGGACAAACUUCAGCUCAAAGUCGAGAUCCGCCACAAGUCGAACUGGCACAACGAGACGGUUCGGGCGGCACGAAGAUCGAAAUUCAUGUGCGCUCUCGUCCUUGCUUUGCGCAAAGUCCCCAUCUAUGGUCCAGGAGGUGGCGGCGAGCCUCUCGGCGGCCCCACGAACCCGGGAUACUCUGUUGCAGUGUCUGACGAUUGGGCUGCCGAAGCGAGAGACAAAGCAGCGAAGAAGAAGGAAGAGCGCCGUCUCAUCCCUACUACCACCGAACCCUCUUCUCCAGAAGAAGAAGAAGAGGCCAAAGAAGAAGGAGUUCUGGGAUCCGCCCCCGAAGAAGCCGCUGCUCAGGCCCUCAAUUCCCGAAGACCCAUGUCAGAUCUACGGGAUAUAGAUGUGGCUGAUGACGACGAUACGGUCGAGACGAGCCUCGAACGCGCCCGAUCGACCAAAAUCGAUAACCUUCGCCAAAGCCUCCUGAAGCGCGAAAGUACCCGCGGCCGUAGAAAGCGCGGCGAGACAGCCCCUCAGGUACCCACCUCCCCCGAAGCCGGGGUGAGCCUCGCACAGUCCAGUGCCCAGGGUGACACGGCCUACUAUGGUCGGGAUCGUGACAACACUGAUGAGGAGGCGGAACUGGGCAUGACGGAACUGCCGGUCGGGGGUUAUGAGAGCGAGGCGUACGACUCGUACUCGCCACCGCGCCCGCGACCCCCUAUUGCCAUACCCACGCACGGAAGCUUGCGGAGAUUGAGUUUGGGAUUCAAGAAUGCAGGGCCGGCGAGACAGACGCGGGAGGAGCGGGAGGAAGAAUGA